AAAGUUGCACAAUUGUCAUCCAAAAUUUAGAAAAAGUAAAAAUGCAAAACUGUAUUGAAAAACAGUGAAACUUAAGUUGUAAUAUUUUAAUUAUAUUAAACAUAAAAAACUGUAAACAAAAACAAACAUGAAAAACUUGAGAAAUACAGACGCAGAACGUUUUAAUCCAUGUCUUAGGGAACAAGAAAAAUCCUAUCAAUGUCUAAAUAAUAAUAAUUUUGAUCAUGAAAAAUGCGAGGCAUAUUUUGAUAACUACAACACAUGUAAGAAAUUUUGGGGCAAAGUAUCUAAAGAUCGACGAGCCAAAGGCAUUACACCUUAUUUACCUGAUCUUGAAGACAGGAAUAAGGUUAAAGAAGAAUAUAUAAAGAAAAUGAAAGGAGAAUAAAAUGAUUGAUUAAAUAUUAAUUUUCUGUGAAAAUAGCAGUCGUAAUUUAUAUAUAGGACUUUGCAAACACAAAAUAACGCAUUUUUUAAAGACUGAACUAAUUUAUUGUUUCAAUAAAAUGAAUUGUGGUCUUAAA